AAAUAGUGUCUCCGAUGUUUUGCCAACACUAUCACACUGGCGGCCAGCAAAACAAACUGCAAACUGAAUAAAGUGUAUAAAAAUAUAUAAAGAACUACAAAAUACUUUCCUCCCUCGAGUAUUAAAGUUUUUUGGUGACCCGCAUCAUAAAUAUUCUUUAAGCUGCAAUGCAGAAGUACGACAAGAUGGAGAAGAUUGGCGAAGGCACCUACGGCACGGUGUUCAAGGGCCGCAACAGGGACACCAUGGAGAUUGUGGCGCUGAAGCGAGUGCGCCUGGACGAGGAUGAUGAAGGAGUGCCCAGCUCUGCUCUCCGGGAGAUCUGCCUGCUAAAGGAACUGAAGCACAAGAAUAUCGUGCGCCUGACGGACGUCCUGCACUCGGACAAGAAGCUAACCCUGGUCUUUGAGCACUGCGACCAGGAUCUGAAGAAGUACUUUGACAGUCUAAACGGAGAGAUUGACAUGGCCGUAUGUCGGAGUUUCAUGCUGCAGCUGCUCCGUGGAUUAGCCUUCUGCCACAGCCACAAUGUCCUCCACCGCGACCUGAAGCCACAGAACCUGCUAAUCAAUAAGAACGGCGAACUAAAACUAGCUGAUUUUGGUCUGGCCCGUGCCUUCGGCAUUCCUGUCAAGUGCUAUUCCGCAGAAGUAGUGACUCUUUGGUACCGACCACCCGACGUCCUGUUUGGAGCCAAGCUAUACACUACCAGCAUCGAUAUGUGGUCAGCCGGAUGCAUUCUGGCGGAGCUGGCUGACGCCGGACGACCGUUGUUUCCCGGCUCCGAUGUUCUUGACCAACUGAUGAAGAUAUUCCGAGUGCUGGGCACACCCAACGAAGACUCCUGGCCCGGUGUCUCGCACCUCUCCGAUUACGUAGCGCUUCCAUCUUUUCCGGCCAUCACGUCAUGGAGCCAGUUGGUACCUAGGCUGAACUCCAAAGGGCGUGACUUGCUCCAAAAGCUGCUCGUCUGCCGGCCAAAUCAACGAAUCAGCGCAGAGGCAGCCAUGCAGCAUCCCUUUUUUACGGAAAGCGCCUCCUCAGGUCACUGAGAUGGAGUUUAGAUGGGGUUGGCGCCAAUCCCCGAGCGACUGUUUCCAUGUACUUUGAUUAGAAUUAAGCAAAAUUCCCAGAAGCCCGUCUAUCUAAGAAUGUCCCGUGUCUCUGUCUUAUGUCCCUGCAGUAGAUGAUGGAUUGAGUGAAAAUUCCUACGUAUCUUAUUUUCCUACUCUUGUCAUUUGUUUUUAAGGCACUAAAAAUCUGGAUCAGUUAAUUUUCAAGUCUAGGUGCCACAUUUAUGGCUAAAGCUGAAAGUAUCUUAGAACUAGAGUUCUUGAGCCACUGAAAGCCUUUGUUUAAGAUCUUGGGAUGUUAUGUGGCAUUCUACAAUGCCAAAAUUGCGUUUAAAAACUGAUUUAAUCCAAAACAAAAAAAG